AAAAAUCGUAUAUAAAGCAAAAAAAUUUGCAAAUCAAAUUACAACAGUUUAGAUUAGUUACCAGUUAGGAUCACAGUUAAAAAAUGUUGACCAAAGUUUUUGCUAUUUUUGGGCUUAUUGUCACUAUAGGUGCGGUUGGAGAGCAAGAAAUAUGGACAACUUUCAAGACUGUUCAUCAAAAAACUUAUAACCCAAAGAUAGAACAAGUCAGAUAUUCAAUAUUUCUGGAUAACCUAAAAAAAGUAGAGGCACAUAAUAAAAAAUUUGACCAAGGCUUAGUAUCUUAUAAGAUGCGUCUUAAUAAAUUUGCUGACCUGACUGCAGAAGAGUUCGCUUCACUACUGGGUUUUGGUAAAAAUCAAAAUAAUAACACCGAAAGCACUACAUUUUCUGCUCCAUCAAACGUUAAUCUUCCCGAAUCAGUAAACUGGAUUGAUGCGGGGGCUGUUACUGGCGUGAAAGAUCAAGGAAGCUGUGGAUCAUGCUGGAGUUUUAGCGCUACCGGUGCUAUUGAGGGCCAAUACUUUCUAAAAACUAAUAAACUAGUUUCCUUUAGUGAGCAAAAUUUAGUUGAUUGCUCUGGAGCAUAUGGUGACUAUGGAUGCAGCGGAGGCAUUAUGGAUUACGCUUUUCAAUAUGUUAUUGACAAUGGAAUAAUGAGUGAGAGUGACUAUCCAUAUGAAGGUUAUGACAACACAUGUCGUUUUGACGAAUCGAAAAUGGUCACCAAAGUUGCAUCUUUUGUUGAUAUUACUCCUGGAAGUGAAGAUGAUCUUCAAGCAGCUGUUGCUACAGUAGGACCGAUAUCAGUUGCUGUGGAUGCUUCUUAUUUCCAACUAUAUGAUAGUGGAGUUUUUGAUAGCCAGGCUUGCGGAAAUAGUCGUGGCUAUUUGAACCAUGGGAUAUUGGCAGUAGGUUAUGGAACAACUGAAGAUGGUGUUGAAUAUUGGCUUGUUAAAAAUUCAUGGGGACAAGAUUGGGGAGAAAAUGGAUACAUAAGGAUGUCUAGGAACAAAGACAACCAAUGUGGUAUAGCAACUUAUUCCAGUUACCCAGUUUUAUAAGCAUAAGUAGAAAAUUAACUACGUAAAAUAGCUACGCAAGCUAGUGCGUAGCACUUAUAUUUAAUGAUUUUAAUUUAAUAAUUGUUUAAAUUUGUACCUUAAAAUAAAUAGUACGUUAAAUCGACUGUGAUGAUGAUUUGUUUUGAAUACAACAGUGUUUUCAA